AUAUAUACAUGUAUAAGUGUGACAUUCAUAAGUGGACUACCCCAAGACUCAGAGAGCAAUUCAAGAUGAAUUCAUCACCACCCUUCUGCAUUUUCUUCUUGCUUGUCAACCUCGCUUGCAUGAAAAUCUGCUUGGCAGACCCUGAUAAUCUGCAGGACCUAUGCCCUACAUCACCCGAAAAACAAACCAUCUUCAUCAAUGGAUUCCCCUGCAAGGAUCCAGCCACAGUCAAUGCUUCUGAUUUCAAGAAUUCGAAAAUGGGUGAACAAGGUGAUACAGACAAGUUCUUCGGCUCCUCGGUGAAUAUUGUCACUGCUGCAGAAUUUCUAGGACUGAACACACUUAGUCUCUCAGUUGCUAGAACAGACUUAGCUGUGGAUGGCCUGGUAGCCCCUCAUUCCCACCCAAGAGCUUCAGAAAUAUUUUUCCUAAGCAAAGGUAGAGUGUUUGUUGGAUUCAUUGAUACCAACAACCAGCUGUUCCAAAAGGUUCUUUCGCCUGGAGAUGUGUUUGUGUUCCCCCGAGGUCUUCUCCAUUUCAGCUUGAAUAAUGGUUUCGAUCUCGCUACUGGCUUCUCGGUGUUCAAUAGUCAGAAUCCAGGAAAGGUGAGCAUCAAUGGUGCCAUGUUCCAACCUAAUAUUGAAAUGAUAGAUAAGCUGAAGAAGACCAUUAUCUCUCUUUCCAAAAUAGAGGCUAAUCGCUUUAAAAAUUUGACUUUGCCCUGGUUUUAAGUGCUCUAAAGUAAGCAUUUGGUUUGUGUUUAGGGGUAUAUAUCUAAAUGAAUUCAACUAGGUUUAUCGGAGUCUGAAUUCUACGAUAAGUAUUAUACUUGUUUGAUUUAUAUAUUUUACAUAUAUAAAGUAACUGAAAGGCUUUGUAGCCGCUUUUGUGGCAUAAAUAAUAUUCUAUUUUCGCCAUACAUAAUAGUUUGCAGUAUGCAUUUUGACUUUUGAGA